AUGUUUAUUUUUAAAUUGCGGUAUUAUAAUUCCUCAAUUUUAACAGAACUGAAUGCUCGAUUUGGACUUCUAAAGAAGGGGAUGUCCGUGAUUGAAUUGGGUUCUGGCUCAGGUCAUUGGACGGAAACAUUGAGAAAAACAAUUGGUUCAAAUCGGGAAGAUCCAAAAGUAUUUGCAAUUGAUGAAGUUUAAUUACCAAAAAGGUGCAGGGAUGGAGUCAUUUUCAUUUAAGGAGAUGUAGAUAAAAAGGAAACUAUAAUGAAGCUUUAAAAAUAACUUGAUUUAAAACCUGUUGAUUUAAUAAUAUCAAAUUUAGAAAGCAGAAGUUAAAAUGAUAGAGAUAUUGAUAAUUUUGAAUAAAUCAGAUUAAAUAGAAUUGCAUUGAAUAUAGCAUUAAAGACUUUAAAAACAGGUGGAACUAUGUUGAUAAAAGCACGAGAGGGUUUACCAGAGGAAUAGAACUUUAAAUUUAUUAAUCUCUUUUUCCGAGAAACAAUAAAGGUUAGGCCCUAAACAGCUAAAUUAGAUUUCCUUAAACAUUAUUAUUUGGGAUUAGGAUUUAAGUAGAGAGAUGAAUAUCUGAAGUAUCCAAACUUUUUUUAGAAAGUUCUCAAUUUUCAAGAUAAUGAAAUAUUGGAGGAGGAGGUUCCUCCUAGCUUUUAAACACAAGCUGAAAGAGACUUGGAAAUAUUGGAGUUCUUAUAAUAUGCUUCAAAGCAUUAGAUUGCCGUUACUUAAAGUUAGAUAGAUGAAAUAAAAUAGAAUUCAAGAUAUAAAAACAUAGAUUGGGAAAAAUAUCCUCUCUUCAUUGUUCCAGGUCCUUUGACUGAAUACCAACAGUAAAUGAUCUUGAUUGCGAGAUACAAUGGCAAAUUAAGCUUUACUCCUAAUACUAAUUCUGUGGAGGAGGACAUCAAGGAGGGAUAGGAAGUCAUUGAAAAAAUAGAAAAGGCGUUAGUAAGUGAUGAAAAAUCAAAUGAAUUAUUGGAGGAAGGAGAAAUUUUAGGUUAAGAAAAAAAUGAUGAAUCCGAAGAAAUAAAACUAAUGAAGGAACAAAUAAGUCGAAUAGAGAAAGAUGAAAUGAAAUAUGAGAUGAAAAAAGGAGAUUAGGAAAAAUUAGAUAAGUGGCUGCAUGAUUCUACUAGCAAAUAUCUUUAGGAUAAUUACAAAGGGUCUUCAGCUGAAAAGAUUAUUUAAUAAGAAAUUGCUAGAGGUAAUGUUACUAAGGCGGAACUGUUAGAAUAUUUUGAAUUGAACGAAAAGAAUUUAAUUGAUAAGGCAAAUAGGGAGUAUGAAGAAUGUAAUAUUUUGUGA